AAUGAAUGAAUAAUUUAGAAAGUUUCUAUUAAACCAAGAGAAAACUGAAGUUUAAUAAAAAAAGUCAGAAAAUGCACCUCCAAUUCGAUUGAAAACACAAUCCAAAAGAAAGACUAAUGUGGAUUUGGGUUAAGAAACAUUUGUUUAAAAGAAGGUGAAACCAGAUGAGAAGGAUGAUAAAAAAGAGCCUAAUCUCAUGGAGAAAUUAUAGAUGAAUCCCGUUGAUUUAGUAAAGUGUACUAAAUAAUACUCAUAUGGCAAUUAUAAAAAAUAUUACCAUCUAAGAUUAUAGCAAAAGUGGGAAGAUCCAAGAUUAACUAUUUUAGAUAGUUGUUAUUUUACUGAUAAAUCAAUUCUUGAUAUUGGUUGCAAUGAUGGCACGUUGACUUUAUUGAUUGCACUAAAGUUUAAAAUUAAUAUCAUUUUUAAGACAUUAUCCUAAAUUGAUUAGAGGAAUCGAUAUUGAUUAUACUUUGAUUAAUAAGGCAAUUGAGUAAAUGGUUCAUUUGGACGAUUAAUAGAAGAAAAUACAGAAAUAAGAAUUCAAGCCAAUCAUUGAGGAUUUGCCUGUGAGUUUUGAGAAAUACAUGGAACAACCUAGUUAAUAUUAAUUAUAACAUUAGUGUCUAAAGCAAUAGAAGAAUAAUUUAUUCAUUAGACCAUAGAGGAUAUGAACAAGGAGAACGAGCAAAACAGUAUUUAAUUUAAUUAGUUAGCAAAGGACAGCACAUUUCCACAUAAUGUUUAUUUUCGAGUGCAAAACAUUAUUGGUAAUAAAAAGUUUGAUGAAAAAUACGAUACAAUUUUAUGCUUAUCGGUUACUAAAUGGAUUCAUCUUAAUUUCGGAGAUGUUGGUAUCAAGAGAUUAUUCAAGACCAUCUCUAAUUCCUUGAUUGAAGGGGGUCACUUUAUUCUAGAACCACAAGAAUGGAAGAGUUAUAAAAAGAAGAAAUACUAUAGUACUGAAUUCAAAUAGAAUUAUAAGGAAAUCCAAUUAAAACCAUAGGAUUUCUCUAAGGUUUUGGAGAAAGAAUAUAAUUUCAAAUUAAUUUAAUAGAUAAAUCCGGAUGAUGAAAGUGCAAUAAAGAAGUCUAAAAGCACUUUUAGAAGACCAAUUCUAAUAUUUGAAAAGUAGAAGGAGAUUUGA